AUGGAGAGUCAUGCGAAUAUGGCUGAACCACCCUUGAAACGCAAGCUUCAAGCUCGCCAUUUGACUAUGAUAACGAUUGGCGGAACUAUUGGUACUGGACUUUUUCUUGCAUCUGGGGGAUCUAUUGCGGUUGGCGGGCCCGGAGGUGCAUUAGCUGCUUAUACUAUAAUAGGAACAAUGGUAUACUUUAUUAUGACAUCUCUUGGUGAGAUGGCAUCGUUUAUGCCAAUAUCUGGAUCGUUUAAUACAUAUGCAAAGAUGUUUGUUGAUCCUGCUUUAGGAUUUGCUCUUGGUUGGAAUUAUUGGUACUCGUGGGCAUUAACAGUAGCAGUCGAAGUAUGUGCCGGGGCCAUAAUAAUGCAAUAUUGGCUUCCACAUUUUCCACCAAUUGUCUGGUCAUUUGUGUUUCUAAUUUUUAUUACGGGGUUAAACCUGUUCUCCGUCAGAGGAUAUGCUGAAGCAGAAUAUUGGUUUGCAAUGAUAAAGGUGUUGACUGUCAUAGUGUUCAUCAUCAUUGGUGUAUUACUCGACGUCGGGUUGAUUGGUAACCCACCAGAAAAGGUCCUGGGCAGCGUUUUUAAAAAUGGGACGUUUCACAACGGCUUUUCUGGCGUAUUUACGGUAUUCUUGUUGGCCAGUUUUUCCUUCCAGGGGACGGAACUCGUUGGUAUUGCUGCAGGCGAAUCAAAGAAUCCAGAGAAGAACAUUCCUAAAGCAAUCAAACAAGUGUUUUGGCGUAUAUUGCUAUUCUAUGUUUUAGCAAUAUUGAUUAUUGGAUUAUUGAUUUCAUAUGACAACCCUAAUCUUUUAAGCAAUGAGAAUGUUGCAGUGAGUCCGUUUACGCUAGUCUUUUUGAAAGCUGGCUUUUACGGAGCAGCUCAUUUUAUGAAUGCUGUCGUGUUGACUACAGUUCUCUCUGCGGGCAAUUCGGGAUUGUAUGCGUCGUCAAGAGUUCUUUAUAAUCUUGCACUGGAAGGACAGGCUCCGCAGUUUUUUGGAAGACUUAAUAAGAAUGGUAUCCCAUUAGCAGCUCUCUUUGCGACUGCUGCCUGCAGUUGUGUCGUAUUCCUUGCAUUAAUAUUUGACCAUAGUAUAUUAUACACUUGGCUUCUUGCUUUGUCAAGCGUGUCUGGAAUGAUUCAAUGGGCUGGGAUUAGCUUGACACAUUGGCGAUUCAGAAGGGCUUAUAUUGCACAGCAACGAUCCCUCGAUGUUCUUCCAUAUCGAGCCAGUUUGUAUCCAUUUGGCCCUAUAUUUUCCUUUGUUCUAGUGUGUCUAAUCAUAGCCGGACAAGGAUUUGGUAUUUUUUACUCUGAGGGAUUGCAGGUAAUGGCUAUAGUAGCAGCAUAUACCGGACUUCCUAUAUUUUUCAUAUUGUAUAUUGGAUACAAAGUGACUAAAGGGACCAAGUUGGUCCCACUAGCUGAGUGUGACUUUGAUCGGGCCUACCAGCAUACAAAGAUAGACAAUGUCGAGUCUGAUGACGACAGCAUCGAUGAGAAGGAUGAUGACAAAGCAAGACUGUGGACUAAAGCACGUGAUGUGUUAUUCUAA